GUCUUUGGACUUUGACUUUGCAAGGCCUGUGUGUGUAAAUGUUAAGCUGCGUGAAGACAGAUCUCAUGUGGCACUGUGGCUCACACAGUAACUGGCACCAAGCUAAACUCCUGGUUCUGGAUCCAACAAAAACUGGGAAAUGUCCAUCAUGUCCACCCCUUUAUUCCUGACUGUGCUCUACCUCCUGUCGCUCAGCUCCACUUACUGCAGUGGGAGCAGGAUUCUAGUAGUGCCUGUUGACGGCAGCCACUGGAUCAACAUGAAGGUGAUCCUCCAAGAGCUGCAUGGCAGGGGCCACGAGAUCACAGUGCUGCGCUCUGCAAAGAGCUGGUACAUCCCUGCCAACUCUUCCAUUUAUACUUCUAUUGAUAUGCCCAUGCUGGAGGAUGAGUCAGACAAAAACUACUACAAUAAAAUGCUACAAGAUGGCAUGGAAUGUCGCAGGUGGCCUAGUUUUAUACGCACAUUCUGUCAACAAUACUUGAUAACCUCCAUGCUGUCAAUGGGCCAUGAAAUCCUGGCCAGAGCAACUGCUACUACGCUAGAAAACCCUGUGAUUAUGAAAACUUUACAGGAUGCUAAGUUUGACCUGAUGUUAACGGACCCUGCUCUGACUAUAGGAGUUCUACUAGGUAGUUACCUCAAGCUGCCGAUGGUUUUUAAUGUGCGCUGGAUUAAUAAUGGCGAGGGCCAUUUCACCAUAGCUCCUUCUCCUGUCUCCUAUAUUCCUGCUCCAGGAAGUGAACUUGGGGAUGAGAUGGAUUUUCUGGAAAGGACCAAGAACAUGUUACAUUAUGUCUAUAGUGCUGUGGAACAGCACUAUUUAAUUAACCCUGUCUACUCACAUCUGUUAAAGCGACACUUCCCUCCUGGAACUGAUUUGUUGUCUUUGCAGCUUGCAGCUGAUAUCUGGCUGCUGAGGACGGAUUUUGUCUUUGAGUUCCCUCGGCCCACUAUGCCUAAUGUGGUUUACAUAGGGGGGUUCCAGUGCAAAGAAGCCCAGCCUCUUCCUGCUGACCUUGAGGCAUUCAUGCAGAGUUCAGGGGAACACGGGGUGGUGGUCAUGUCUCUGGGAACAAUUAUUUCAGCCUUGCCUCGUGAACACACAGAGGCCAUUGCUGGGGCUUUUGCUCAACUCCCUCAGAAGGUGAUCUGGCGGUUCAUGGGUGAAAAGCCUUCAAAUCUGGGAAACAACACCCUGCUGGUGAGCUGGCUACCUCAGACCGAUCUCCUGGGACACCCCAAGACUCGUGCAUUUGUAGCCCAUGGAGGCACCAAUGGCAUGUACGAGGCCAUCUACCACGGCGUUCCUGUCCUGGGCUUGCCCCUCCUUUUUGAUCAGUUUGAUAACCUACUCCGGCUGAAAGUGCGUGGUGCAGCUCGCGUUGUGGAGCCCACAUCACUGACUGAGGAAGUAUUCUUGGAAGCUCUAAGGGACAUCCUUGAGAAUCCCUCUUACCGCAGUAACAUACAGCAUCUCUCCCAGCUGCACCGCGACCAACCAAUGUCCCCUAUGGACACCGCCAUCUUCUGGAUUGAGUAUGUCAUCAGGAACAAAGCAGCAGCCCAUCUGCGGUCAGCAGGUUUUAGUCUUCCUUGGUAUUCCUACUUUUGCUUGGAUGUGGCUGCUUUUAUUAUGGCCAUAAUUGGAACAUUCAUCUGGGCUGCAGUCCUAGUUUGUAGGAUUCUCUGCUGCCGGAGGUCCAGGAGAAAGACAAAAGCAGAGUAACUGAUCCAAACAUUACUUAUUCUUAGCACCCAACUAAUCAAUGUCUAAUGGAAACACUACUCCUAUUACUAUUUACAAUAAUUUCUACCUCAUAUUCUAACUUUUCCUCAAACAAGUUCUUUUGAUAUCCAUUGUUGUGAAAUCUUUAGUUAAGACCAUUAAGUGAUAGCAACAAUUUUGCUGUUGCAGAAUGACAAAGUGAAGAGACCUAAAGAAAAUAUGUCAGUUUUGGGGAACAUCUCUUGUCAUUUAGUCCUGCAUUCUUCAUAUUUUGACAUCAUUAAUGAAACGACUUUCUAAAGGUUGCAGAUAUUUAAAUUGCAGGGAUGCAGCAGGGAUCAUUUCACUGUUGAUUGAGUUGCCAAUUGACAUUAAAAAACACAUUUACCGCGAACUGUACGUCUAAACAGAUGCUAAUUGUUGAGAAUGUUGAAUUGAGUGAGUUGUUUUGAAAUGUUUAUUUCUAACAAUUAGAUAAUAACAAUGCAUCGGGAUAGAUGCAGGAAAGAUAGUUUAUGCCUUACCCCGGAAAAAACUAUAUACUGAAAAUCCAUGUAUAGUAUUGUUAGCUUUUAAAAUCAUGAUGAAAUGUUAUGUAGUUGUUUCGUUCCAUUUUCGGAAUUGGGUACAAUUCCUGUUGCUUUCCUUACACUAGAUUUUUUCUGGGGAAUCAGCAAAAUUUUAAAUGUCAAAAAAGUCUUUCAUGUCUUUGGUGUAGUUAGUGAUUGCUAGGAAUAUGUAACUAUAACAUGUCAUGUAUAAUUUGCAGAACUCUUUCAACCUAGUACUUGGCUCCAUGCCAAUGUUUCUAUGUGCAUACAAUAUGCACAACAUGAAUAUAAAGAGCCAGAAACAGAGAGAUUCCUGUGGUAUGUAGCAAGCUUUCUACAGGAACACCCUAUCAUGUUGACCCCUGUGCCAAGAACUUCUCUGGGACUUUCAUACUUGGUGCCAAGAGUCUGAUGUCUAGGCACCAUACAGUUUGAUACCUGCACCCUGAAGACCUUUAUGCAGACCCCUCGGGUGCUUAUUGUGGUAGUACAUUCUCAGGGGACUUCUUAAUUUACUAACUCUUGCAUAUUUUAAUAAAUCAAAGAUUUGUGAAAUUAUAAAGGAAACAAAGUGAAUGAUUGGACCCUCCUCCUUUUGAAAUCCUGUCGUAAAAAUACUGACUAACACCUAUUGUUUCAAUAAACCCAUUCUUCACUCAAA